UCUCAUUUAGUCCGCAUUUUCUUUGUAUUGUUCGAUUUCUAUAGUUAUUUUUCACCUGUGUACAUGGUUUUACUGUUUUGGGGGAGAAAGGAUUUGUUUUUAGAUUGCCUCACAUCACCUUUAGCUUGUUUUCGAUAUAAAACCACGGAAACAAAGCUAGUCUUCGAGGCAUAUAUUGAACUGCGGUGUUAACGUGGAGGCAUACUUGUUCAUCAUAGUUUAGCCUCUAAAAUUAUCCGCUAAACCACUUCAUUUUCAUUUAUUCGUUUUUGCCUUUGUUUUUUGUUUUCCAGAUUUGGCAUUUGUCUGAAACUGGCUAAUUAUGAGCAAAAUCAUUUGGAAUCUGUGAAUCAAAAUAGUCGCUUGUUCUUGACCCGGUUGAAUUCGAUGUGAAUUGGAUCGAUUGCUAAACAAACAAAAACGAGGACAGCUUGAAUUUGUGGGAUUAAUAGAGUGUUGCCAUUCUUGUGGGCUUUGGACCUUGGAUGUGUGCUGAUUUAUAAACUGACCCUUCUACCAAAUUUUGUGUUGCGACAUAAACUUGAAUCUGACGACAUAUCCAUGUGCAACAUCAAUAUAAUAGUUCUUAUUUAAUCACACAUAAUUGGUUGCACGAUUUCCGAAUGGCACAAGCUAAUCAAUUGUAACUAACUUAAGCUAAUCAAUUGUAUGUAACUUGAAUAAUCAAUCGACCAGAUAAAAAAAGGAGACUUUGUAUCCACGACAUCUGGAUUAUGGAGACACUAAGCGUUUUUAAUUAGUGAAAAGUCGCUACUAAAGCUCAGUACUUGAACUCGGUCAGAGGUUUCUCUUGGAUCUCUUCAACUUUGUCUUCUCAGAAUCAAACCUCUGAAGACUUUUCACCAAAAUGACAUUACUUUCCUCUCUCGGAAGAGCCUCUCGAUCUGCUCCACUUGCCUCUAAGCUCCUCCUCCUCGGCACUCUCAGCGGUGGAAGUAUAGUGGCAUACGCUGAUGCUAACGAAGAAGCUAACAAAAAGGAGGAGCAUAAGAAGAAGAAAGUAGUUGUGCUUGGGACUGGUUGGGCUGGUAUAAGUUUCCUUAAAGAUCUCGACAUAACUUCCUACGAUGUUCAGGUUGUGUCUCCCCAGAACUACUUUGCCUUUACGCCAUUGUUACCUAGCGUCACUUGUGGAACUGUUGAAGCUAGAAGCAUUGUGGAGUCUGUCCGUAAUAUAACCAAGAAGAAAAAUGGGGAAAUUGAAUUGUGGGAAGCAGAUUGUUUUAAGAUUGAUCAUGUUAAUCAGAAGGUUCACUGUCGACCAGUUUUCAAGGAUGAUCCUGAAGCAAGCCAAGAAUUUUCCCUUGGAUAUGACUACUUGAUCGUAGCAGUGGGAGCUCAAGUUAACACAUUUGGCACUCCUGGUGUACUUGAGAAUUGCCAUUUUCUCAAGGAAGUAGAGGAUGCACAGAGGAUUCGUAGAGGAGUGAUUGAUUGCUUUGAAAAAGCAAUCCUUCCUGGCCUCACUGAGGAACAAAGAAGAAGAAAGCUUCAUUUUGUAAUCGUGGGAGGAGGUCCUACUGGUGUGGAGUUUGCAGCUGAGCUACAUGACUUUAUUAUAGAGGAUAUCACCAAAAUAUACCCUUCAGUCAAAGAGCUCGUAAAAAUAACACUCAUUCAAUCUGGAGACCAUAUUCUGAAUACGUUUGAUGAACGUAUCAGUUCAUUUGCUGAACAAAAGUUCACGCGAGAUGGUAUUGAUGUUCAGACUGGAAUGCGUGUAAUGUCUGUGACUGAUAAAGAUAUCACAGUGAAAGUCAAAUCAAGUGGAGAACUCGUAAGUAUUCCUCAUGGAUUGAUAUUGUGGUCCACUGGAGUUGGAACCCGUCCAGUUAUCAGCGACUUCAUGGAGCAAGUUGGCCAAGGAGGCAGACGUGCGGUGGCAACUAACGAGUGGUUACAAGUGACAGGAUGUGAGAAUGUAUAUGCAGUUGGCGAUUGUGCUUCCAUAGCUCAACGAAAAAUCUUGGGGGAUAUUGCAAACAUAUUCAAAGCUGCAGAUGCGGACAACUCAGGAACCUUGACCAUGGAAGAGUUAGAAGGCGUGGUUGAUGAUAUUAUUGUGAGGUAUCCGCAGGUGGAGCUCUACCUGAAAAGCAAGCAUAUGAGGCAUAUUAACGAUCUGCUGGCAGAUUCUGAAGGAAAUGCAAGGAAAGAAGUAGACAUUGAGGCAUUCAAAUUGGCUCUCUCGGAGGCUGAUUCACAGAUGAAAACCCUGCCUGCAACUGCUCAGGUCGCUGCCCAGCAAGGUGCUUAUCUUGCAAAAUGCUUCAACAGGAUGGAGCAGUGUAAAGAGCUACCUGAAGGUCCUAAGCGCUUCAGAACUGGCGGGCAUCAUCAGUUUCGCCCCUUCCAGUACAAGCACUUUGGACAAUUUGCUCCACUAGGAGGGGACCAAGCAGCAGCUGAACUACCUGGAGACUGGGUUUCAGCUGGAAAAAGCGCCCAGUGGCUCUGGUAUUCUGUUUAUGCCAGCAAGCAAGUUAGCUGGCGAACGAGGGCUCUGGUGGUGUCGGACUGGACAAGGAGGUACAUAUUCGGGAGGGAUUCAAGCCGCAUCUGACUCAAUACUGCAUUUUGUAAUGUGUUUAAGAGGAAACCAAGAUACAGUCUCUCUCUUUUUCGUUUGUUUUUGGUGUAAAUUUCACAAAGCUGUGGCCAAACUUCUUGUUUGUGAGUGGCAAAGCAAAAACCUUUUGAAAGAAUCUUUCUUCAUGAAGCUGACAUUUACAAAAGAUAACAA